AUGGCGGCCACACAAGAAUCCACGCAACCAGUCGCCGAUCCUCGUCGGAUGGGAAUGAAUAACUCUGGCAUUGAAGACCAAGAUCUGUCCGACAUCAUAUGUAUCCUUCAUCCCAAUUCUCAUGUUGCCCAUGAUGCCGUUGCUGCCACAGGGAAACUCGGUCCUCAACAUAUCCUUCAAAGAGAUGCGUUGGACUAUGAGUCUGAGACGGCAACAAUGGAUCUUGCCUUGAGGCUGUCAUCCAAUGUACAAAACCUGGGAAUGGGUUUCUGCUUUGGUCGAAAUCGAGCUCGCUGUGAUGUUCUCUUGACAGUUAACGAUGCAGCGAAGCGAGUAUCAAAUGCUCACUUUCGCAUAUAUCUGACAGGAGACGGAAUCCUCAUGCUUCAGGAUACGUCCACAAACGGGACCGUCGUGGACAAUUGUCGCCUACGGAAAAACCAAAAGGAAAACAGCAGAAUGCUUCUCAAUGGGUCCAUCAUCCAGGUUGUCAUCGGCGACCACGCCUCCGACGAGGUGCGUUUUGUGGUUCGUAUUCCGUCACGAGAGGGAUUCGCUGUCCAAUACGAGAGGAACUUGCUCUGUUACUUUGAACGAGUUCUGGCAGCAACCCCUGCGCACAAAGAUCGGACAGGCCCACAACCUUCUGUUUUGACAUGGUCAUCCUCAAAACCAUACGGCAUGCAUUGGACAGGUGGUUCAGUAUACAACGUGACCGGGCAAAUCGGCAAAGGUGCAUUCGCUACCGUCUACAAGAUUGCGACCAAGCAACACGGCGCCGUAUUUGCUGCAAAGGAGCUUGACAAGCGCCGCUUCAUGAAAAAUGGCAUUCUGGACCAAAAGGUUGAUAACGAGAUGAAGAUUAUGAAGGACCUCACACAUCCCAACAUCGUUCAGUACGUGGACUAUCAUGAACAUGACCGGUGGAUUUACAUCAUCAUGGAAUACGUCCCAGGAGGCGAGUUGUCCACUUAUCUUCAGACGCAAGGCAGAAUCGCCGAGGAGAUGGUGAGGACCAUCGCGCGGCAAGUGCUACGUGCCCUCCAUUAUUUGCAUAAACGGAAAAUCACCCAUCGCGAUAUCAAGCCAGACAAUAUCUUGAUCUCUUCCUUGGAUCCACUCAAAAUCAAGCUAUCAGACUUCGGUUUAUCCAAGGUGGUUGAGCAGGAAACCUUCCUGAAAACGUUCUGCGGCACCCUCUUGUACUGUGCGCCAGAAGUGUAUCCAGAUUAUGAACAAUAUCGACGCGGCGAGUUCCGAAAGAGACGUCGUGUUGGAGACCCACCCCCCAAAACGUCCCCAUACAACCAGUCUGUCGAUAUGUGGUCUCUUGGUGCGGUCCUUUUCCACAUUCUAUCUGGUGUUCCGCCAUAUUCAGGCCGAGCAGAAGACAGAGGCGUUCAAAUGCUCCGCACAAUCAUGACGAGUGAUGCCGAUUUUGAGGUUUUGCGUCAGGCCGGUAUCUCCGAAGAUGGCAUUGAAUUUGUCGCUCAACUUCUCAACAGGGAUCCACUUGGUCGUCCAACUGAAAAAGAAUGCUUCCAGCAUCCUUGGAUUGCGACCGUCCCUGAUGUGGAUGACUAUGAGGAUGAUGACGAUCUACUCUCUGACCGUAACGAUGGGCUUUCGAUCAUUGGUGAAGAUGCUGAGGACGAACUAGACGCUUCGCAGUUGUCUAUCGCCGAUGGUCCAGAUUACGCCCAUGAAGCCGCCGACGAAGAGCACAACAGCAGUGAAGCUCUUGCCAAAAAGCCUCGCAUUGAAUACAUCCCGACGGAUGUGCACUAUCCAAGUCUCCCAAAUAUUGAGAGUUUCCAGGAUGGGCAGGCCAUUGUGGACAAACAAGCCAAACGCCUGUUUGGCGAAGUCUCCUCUUCAGCGCUGCAAAGCUCUCACGCAUUGGGAAAUUUUGGCGCAUACGAUUUCGACCACAUCCAAAUCGAAGAAUAUGUCUCUUCUGGUGAGUCGAUGACGAGUGAAACCCCCAGCGACUCGAUCAUCUCCCUCCCGGAAAACCCCUUCGGCGGCACCGCCCCCAGCCUGAUGGGCGCGGAGAAGCUCGUUGGACAGCUGAACAUGAAUUCCUUGCAUUCCAUCGUGCAUUUCAAGACCGGCGCCGUUAACGAGUCAUCAACGCGGCAGACCACUCCUGGGCACGCCAGGGAGCCCACGAGCUCUCCUAGUCCCAGUACCCGAAACCAGGAUUCAGUUCCCCCGACUUCUAGCCCCCAGGAAACACCGAAAGCCAAAUUCACUCGUCGAAUUGAUCUUGCGGUUCCCGACACAGCCAGCGAGGCUUCCAGCGAUAGUAGUCCGCGGAACAGCCAGGAUGAUGCCGCCCCUGAGACUUCAGUCAAGCUUCGCGAAUCAGUAUAUGAUCCUGAGCUCGCCACAACUCUUGAUGCGCAGACCGGCGAGGCCAUCUUGGAACAGUUCCGUGAAGAAUCAGACCCAUCUGAGCCAAUUGUUCAUCAGCCCUCGAUAAAUCCAGACUCCUUCACCAAACCGCCAAAGCGAUUCGGCAAAUUGAGAAGCCUUCCUGGUUCGAUAUUCGAUCUGACAGUAUACCUGGAGAACCGACUCACUUCAUGGGGUCGUGGCCCAUUGGCGAGCGUCCAGCAUACAGACAUCACGGACACAAGGAUCCCUGCCUACGCCUUGGAGCUUACAUUCUGGGCACCGGGCAUCGAGCCGAAGAUUGCAACUGGUGAAAACUGGGAAAAUAUCCCUGGGGUCAUGGCCAUAAUCUCCACGAAAGCCCGCAUGGGCAUAUAUGUCAACGACACUCUACUUCAUCGGGGCCCACCAGGCGAAGGCGGACCGAACCAGUAUCCAUUUGGGAAACUCUACAAUGGUGACAUAAUCACCGUGUACCAACACAAAAGGAAAUUCCUCAAGCUUCAAUGCGAAUUCUCCUUCGGCGAUAGUGCCCGACCCCGGCCCGCACACGAACCCUUUACGGUGCGGCAGGUCUUGAUGACCAAGGCCGGAGCCACGAACCGGAUGCCGACUCGGACGGCGCGGAAAGAUCUGGAUCGGAAUUGA